GGGAAUCCUCGGUUCAAAAAGCUCCCAACGUCUCCUCGUGAGAACUUCGGACUGUGUGUGCUUUCAUUGUGACCCGAGAAACGGACGAAGACGACCGAGGUGGGUACAGACGUUGUUGUUGUUGUUGAUCGGGACACCUAUCCCUAUCCAGACCUCGUCUCACCUGAGCUCGACAGGACACUCAGAAAUGUCCCUGGAAAGCUAUUCAGCGUUGGAUGAGCCCUCUCUCCGAGCUUUGCUGGAUGGAACUGUGGAUCUGGAUGAGAGGCGCCGCAUCCGUUCAGCCCUCCGGGAGCUGAGGAGGAGGGAGAUUGAGGACAUGGAGGCAGCUCUGGCUAGCAAGAGAUUUCGACCCACACGCCUCAAUCAGCAGGAGGACAAGGAGAACCAGCACAGGUCAGAAUCCAACGAGAACUUGGAUGGGCUGAAACAGAAACUGCAAUCAAUCCGGGACAUCGACGAGCUUCAGCAAAUGCUCAACGCAGCCAGCGAGUUCAAGGAGAGGAGAAUGAUCCGAGCGGCCAUUCGGCAAAUUCAAGAGGAGCAGCAGCAGGUGGUCGUGGAGAGGGGGAAGACUUCUGGCUUGGAGCCUGAGGGUGUGCAGUCCCAGAGCAGCAUGGGAACUGGGGAGACUGAGAAGGAGAGCCGCAGUGAGCGUAUUCGAUCUCAGAUCUGGGAGUUAAGCAGCCAGCAGACACAACAAAACAGAGAGCAACAGAGAAUAGGUUCCAACUCAGGGAUGGUGUUGGUUCUGGAUCACCUGGUAAAGGAUGAUGGACCUCUGUUGAUCCAGCCUCAGCGAGAAGCUGUGACCAAGGAGGCCGACCUGGUUAUGUCUCACUGUCAGAGGUCAGACUCCUCCGAUCUUAACGCAGCCUCGAUGCUUUCCAAGCCCAAUCUGGAUCCUGUGGCCUCAGAGAAAGGUCUGGGCUCAGCUUACAGAGCCCGGCUGGACUCUGGAGCCUCAGACAAGAGCCAGAGUUCCUCCCAGCGUGGUCGGCUGAACUCCGGGGCAUCAGACAGAAGCAUCAACUCCCAGUCCUGUGCCAGACAGAGACUGGGCUCAGAUGUCUCGGAUUCAUGCGUCAGACCCCGUCUGGGCUCCGAGACUUCAGACAGCAUUGGCCUGUUGUCAAGGAAGCGGACGGUCUCUGGCACAUCUGAUCAGAGUGCGAGCAUGUCCUCAGAGGAGCGGGCGCCAUCGGAGGGGGCGGAGGUAGCCGGGAGUGAAUCGACUUACAGCACAGAUUCAGAAACUGACAGCAGAAGCCGAGGUUCAGCCGGCACCCAAGCUGAGUCUAACCAGGAGGAGCCUGAUGGGGCGGUUUUAUCUCGGAGAGAUCCCGUAAAUGGCCUGCUCAGCGGGAAAACUGACAUCCAGAGGCAAAAGAUAACUGUGGGCAGCGACCUGUCCCGCUCUUAUGGCAAAGCGAGGGAUUCUGCACCCGAGAAGAAAGCUGUUAUAUCGGAGCAGUUAAGUCGCACCACCUCUGUUCGUGAUCGAAUGCGCAAGUUUGCAGAACUUGAACAGAGUUCAAAUGUCUCAUCUUUAAAGAAGACUCCUUUGAGGAAUGGUUCCUUCUCCAGCAGCACUGGCCACGCAAAUGUCUCCAGAGCUACCGAGCUGUUUACACACUCAGCAGCAUCCCUCAGCACAUCUGGAGACAGGCCAGCACGGUCACGUGUGGGCUCUGCAUCUGCAUCCGUGAGUCAGGCCGUGCCUCAGCCAAGAGGCGUGGCUAACAAGUUUCUGUCUUCAGCUGACCAAUCGCAGAGCUCCAUGGGUGGGAUGGGACAUCCAGCUCAAAAAGAUGCGCACGCCUCCGAUAAGUCAAAGGAAGACGGGACCCCAGGGAUAGCAGCUGGAGAAAAGGUCACCCAGGGAGAGGCAGACCCAGACAUGAAGACCUUCCUCACCAUUGAGAUCAAGGAUGGGCGCACCACCACUUCCUCCUCAUCAACCACCAGUAGAGGCAACAUUAUACCCAUCACCCACAUGACCCCACGCAUCACUCCUAAUGCCCUGGUGGGGCAAAGGCAAGAGUUGACCCUCGGCCUAAGAGCCACACCAUUUAAGAUCUCUUCCUCCAGCUUCUCCUCUGGACCCUCCAUCAAGAUGGAGACAGGGCCCGUCGUCGCUUCUGAGCCAGUGUUUUCAGCUGUCUCGUCUGUCCAGCGUCACGUCCCAGUCAUUCCCAAUGGCUCUGGCGCUCAGACCAAACCUGCUGAAUUCUCCGGGAAACUAACGGCUGAAAAGCUGGCUGCGAUCGAGGAUGAAGAGCUCCUCGACAAAAUGCUCGAUGAGUCAAAAGACUUUGAGGAGAGGAAGCUGAUCCGCGCAGCCAUGAGAGACCUCCGUAAAAGAAAGAGAGAGGCCAUGCUGGGAUGUACUCAAGAGGAAAUGGACCAGAGAGAAAAGGAGCGCGAAACCCGCUUGCAGGAGCUCCGGCAGCAGAGAGACGACCGGGUGCAGAAAGGUCGUGCCGGGGUCGGAGCGGGAGAGGUGGUCACGAGCAAGGUGGAGAAGUCGGCAGAUGGGUCAGCCGUCGGCCAAAUCACCAAAACGAACCGCUUUGCUCAGUCUGAUGAUGGGAGCAAAUCAACACGCAGUACUAUUGUCGAGUCCAGUUAUGUGCAGAAAACAGACAGAGGGACAGUCCAGUCAAAAUCAUUCAGCUUCACCUCUUCCACCUCCACUAACACGAGCAAAAAAAUAGGAAGUGUGUUCGACCGCGAGGACGACGCGUCGUCGCGAAGCGGCAGCGGCGGGUUGGCCGCCAUCGAGCGAAGGCAGGCGGAGAGGCGCAAGGAGCUGAUGAGGGCUCAGACGCUGCCGAAGACAUCGGCCAUGCAGGCCCGCAAAGCCAUGAUAGAGAAGCUGGAGAAGGAGGGAGGCGGCCCUGGAAAUCAGGCGGUGGCCAAGGUAAACAUAGUCCAGCGCUCCACCAGCUUUGGCGUACCCAAUGCAAACUCCAUCAAGCAGAUGCUACUCGACUGGUGUCGUGCCAAGACCCGCUCAUAUGAGCAUGUGGAUAUUCAGAAUUUUUCAUCCAGCUGGAGUGACGGCAUGGCGUUCUGUGCCCUGGUGCACAAUUUCUUCCCCGAAGCCUUUGACUACAACUCCCUGAGCCCGAGCAACCGCAGGCAAAACUUUGAGGUGGCCUUUAGCGCUGCAGAGAAACUAGUGGACUGUCCCCAGCUGCUGGAUGUGGACGACAUGGUGAAGAUGCGUGAGCCAGAUUGGAAGUGUGUGUACACGUACCUGCAGGAGUUCUACAGGGGUCUGGUGACGAAGGGCCUGGUUAAAACCAAAAAUUCCUCCUAGAGUUGCACCGCAGCUAAAACUGAGCCUAUGGACCCACGCCAACUGCAUGCCUUUGCUGGAGGUGGAAGACAUGAUGAUCAUGGGUAACAAACCAGACUCCAAAUGCGUCUUCACCUACGUGCAGUCUCUGGUCAACCACCUGCGCAGAUAUGAGAUGUCCAUGGGUCGGCCCUGUGACCUCUGACCUGUUUUCGGGCUCUCUCUCUCCCUCUCCCCCCCCCCCUUAACCUUCACCUGAUGAUGGCCUCCACUCUGACAACAGGCUGGGUCAAACAGUUGCACAUCUCUGAUGGUCGGCUUGGGGAUUGUAAGCGUGUGUGCGUGUGUAUGUAUCAGUUAAAAUCAGCUUAAAAUGUCUUCCGGCAGUGAUAAUGUGUGUUGCUUAUUCUGGACACACACACACUGUCGACACAUAAGUCUACCGUUCUCCAGUAAGAGAUUAGCAGCAGCAUGAUUCUUAAAAAGACCCCUUUGUUUUAAAAAACUCAGAGUAAUAUUCAACAGGCAGUAGUUUGAUCACAUUGCUGUUGUACUGAGAAACGGCUCAAGAGGGAAAAAAGAAAAAUUGUUUUCUAGUAUUUGCAGUUUUUAAAGUAUUUGUACAUGCGUUUUUCUCUGCUACACUUUUGUAAGUACUGUAAUGUGUUUGCACUUCUCUCAGUAAUCUCACUGAAAAAUAAAAAACUUAUUAUUUCUAUUCAA